AAAUUGAAACCACUUUCUUUAUCGAUGUUUGAAUGUCCUUUCUUAUUUACUAGUUUGAAAUUGUUUCAAUAGUUAAAUUGUGGCACCAUUUAAACUGUUGGCCGAGCACGCAUCACAGUAGCAAUUACACUAAUGCUGCAUGGCUUCGAAUUGUUAGUCAGCACUUUCUAGAAAAGAGAUUAUACAUCUUGUGCAGUCUUUACAAACAAGACUAGUGUUUCGAUAAAGCAAGACAGAGAAGAAAGACAGCUUGUUCUAAUAGUUGAGCCUAGAGAGCACUUCGUCUUCUAAUCUGCGCGAGGCCGAUGCACGAGAUGAGGCCAAUUAAAUCUUACAUCGUUGGCUUUGUAGAGGAUAUGGAGGAGACGCUGCAAUGUGCAAACGGUAUCGAGGAAAACAGUAAUAGUCGCCUGACAACGCAGCAACGUAAACAUAUCAAUCCGCGCCAAAAUAUAUGAACUUUGUGUAAUUGUCGAUGAGUUCUACUUAUUGCACUGAGCAUAAGUGUUAAUUCUUCCUUCUUUACGGGGUCUGUGGCCACAUGUUAUUCCAAACGUACGCAAACAUUUUCAUAAUGUGACAGUAAUUACGAGGUUACACGCACGUCCAAGUUUCCCCGGUUACUUACUCAAGCCGAACAAUUCGGUCAGGCUGCAUCUGAGUAACUGUAGACACACUGUUUAUCUGCAGGAACUGUUCGUAAAGCUUGUGUCAAUGUCACCUUCGUGGUCGCAGAAUUCGUAAUCCUGCAGUAGAAUACCUCAAAGAAUGCGUUUCUGCCGGCAGUGGUUCGUUUUGAGAGAACAAUUUUUACAUUUCUUUAAUUAGUGCUCAAAAAUUCGCUUCAUUGAAAAACAAAAACACUAGCAGUCAACUGAACCAAGAAAACGCGCAGCUUGAUCACAGGCUUGCCAAAUAUAAAAACGGUCUCCUAAUACUAAUUCGCUGUAGGCCAUCAUAAACGCUACCUUGGCAGAAAAUUGUGCUUCUUACGGCUAAUGUCGACUGGACUACUUUUAUAACCAAGCAAGAAUAAUUAUUUUUCCAACCUGGAGCGCAGCCAACUAAUCAGCCAUGCAGGCGAGCAUUCGCGAACAGCUGUGAUUCGGAUAAACCACCCGCUUCUAUGAAACGAUGCUUUCGCCAUUUUGAUCAGAGCUUUGGGCGGCCUUUUCAGAACGAACUCAAUAUCUUUAUUUUUUUAUCUUCACAGGCAAGACGCCGAUAUCUGUACCCUCAAGCGUGACCAUGACAACCACAGCUCCGCUGUUCAAGACCAAGCCAUUGGUGCUGUGCCCGCUGGUGUCUCCGAGCUACUUCAGGACAGGCACCCUGCGUAACGCGGUCGAGGGACAAGAGGUGCCGAGCUCCACGCUGUGUGACUACAUACUUCUGGACCUGCCACUAGCAGCUAACGGCAGCUUCGAAUUCGACUCAUACAGAUUCCUCACCCAUGCACGCACAAGGCACCGCCUCCUGUUCCACGUCGACAUCGACCUGUACGGCGUUGGAAUGGGAGUUUCCUUGGUAAACUCUACCCAGUUCGUGGACAGCGUGCAACAUUUACAGAACUCGCUGACCUCGAGCAAACUCCAUGGGUUGGGCGUGCUCAGAGGUCUUCCAACCUUGCUCGGCCUGAUCCGACUGCUACAGAGAAAGGUUUACCUGGAGGCGAUCUACAGCGAAUUUUCCAAGAUAUUGCGGAACACUGGCGUGGAUCAGGGCAAAAUAAAGAACUUCUUUGCCUUCAAUCCAGGCCUCGUCCCACAGUUUACAUAUAGGCAGUACCUUGGGGUGCUGAACCGCAUCCCGGACCUGAAGCUUGUAAUUAUCCUGACCAUAACGAAUGAAAGGGUAACCAAAGUUUACCCAUCUUCAGCUUGGGACAACCGCUGCCUCCCUCAGAGCUACGAAUCAACAAUGACUGAUGCUGUGAGUGCGAUAACAAAUACCCCCGAUCCGAAUGUCACAUACGCCAUGACAGUCAGCUUGCGUCUCGACAUUUUCGAUGGUGUCUCGCUCCAAAAUCUGCAAGGAGACUCCCUGCAGCAAGUUCCAUGCAGAUUCCACAAGGCCGCUUGGUUUUCCGAUGAACAAAUUGAUGUGGAACUGUUUUGUAAAGACCAUAGCGAGUAA